AUAAAAGUUUACUAUUUUUAUAUCGUGCAAUUAUUACUGCAAUUUUAUUAUAUUUAAUUAAAAUAUUUUUAAUUUUUUAUAAUGAAAACUAAGAAAAAUGAAACGUCUUUUGUAUGGACUCAAGAAAAAAUUAUUGAUUUAAUAUCACAAUACCAAAACAAUGAAUGUUUAUGGAAUGUUUUAACAGAAGAUUACAAGAGCAGAGAGAAAAGGGAUAUUGCUAUAUCAUCAAUAUGUAGUUCUUUGAACAUAACAAGAGAACAAUUCAGCAAAAAAAUACACAAUUUAAGGAACCAGUUCAAUUAUGAAGCUAAAAAGGUUUCCCAAAGAAAUGAUAAUGUAAAAAAUUCUUAUCGAAGCAAGUGGGAAUAUUAUGAAAAGUUGUUAUUUUUGAAAAACGUAAUAUCUCCUAGACCAGGACCUAACUAUGGCUUGUGUUAUGAUGAAGUACAAAAUACUAAUAAUGGAGAUUAUAUUAGUAUAGAUUCUUUUAAAGCUGAUAAAUCUCAACCAGAUGUCGUUCAUAUAUUAGAGGCUAAACCAGGACUAGAACAUAAUGUUGUUAUUUAUCAAGAAACAACUUCGCAACGUGGAAACCAUUCUGCAGAUUCUUCAAUAAUAUCAAAUAGCAGUAAAACAUAUCCGAUAGCAAUACAACGAGCUAUAAGUAUGCAUGAGUCGCAAGAUAAAUCACAUGAUUUUUCCCAACAUACUGUAAGUAAAAAUGAAAAUCAGUCUCAAAGUAAAACGGGUAAAAGUGAAAAACGUCAAGAAAUUGGUACAAGAAGUAAAAAAAAGCAGUUAGCAUCACCAUCCAUUCGUGAAACACCACCUCAACCAGAAAAUGAAGAUCACGAAACACAAACUUUUGAAAUUUCAAGAGCCGAAUCCCCAACUCCAAAAAAAAUUAUGAAGCGAAACUCCAAUUUUGGGAGCUCAAAUAAAAUUGUUCAACAGUACCAUCCCCAUCAAUAUAAUAAUUGUAAAAAUGAAAUACAACUAAAUCAAUCUUCGCAAAGGGAUGAAUAUGAUUUAUUUGGAGAAUUUGUUGCCAAUGAGCUAAGAAAUUUAAAUCACGAUAGUUCUAGAAAAAAAUUGAAGCGAAGAAUAAUGAAAGCUAUGCUUGAUACAGCUAAUGAAGAUGAUGAUUCUACAGACUAAUAAACUGUGGAAUGCUAUUUAAAUUAUAUAUGUACAUACAUAUGUAUAUGUUGAUUUUUGUCUAUUUCAAAAACAAAUCAUACAGGAGUUUCAAAGUUUAUUUUAAUAAAAGGGAAUGUAGCAGCUAUAAUUUCUGGAAAUUUGUCGUAUGGAAGUUUUUCAAAUUCUCCAAUGUUUUGUUUUUUGUAAUAAUGUAAAAACAGUAAGGCAUCCCUAUAUUGACAAUAUCAAAAAUACGUAGGAAACCUAAUUAACACUUUUUACCUGAAGUUCUUUUUGAGACAAUAAAAUAUUGCGCUGCAAGUCAUUCAAUAUUGGCUAUUUCCAAAUUCACACUUUGAUGAUUCAAAUAUAAAAAUGUACCAGGUACAUUAUUGAAAAUAAAUUAGAUUUUCUUUUAAAUAAAUUUUGACUAAUAUAAAAA